AUGACUAAGCACGAAUCUUCUAACAAUCACAUUUCUGCUUGCCUGAUAUAUAACAAAUGGAAUAGCGAUCAAGUAUUGGACACGGACUUGGAUAAAACGCUGAAAUUUAAAAAUAAUUAUUGGAUUAAAGUUUUGGAACGAGUUAUUAACGUCACAUUGACUUUGGCUAAAAAUAAUGUAUCAUUCAGAGGAGACAAUGAAUCGUUAUAUCAUGGCGAUCACAAUCGUGGCAACUUUCUAAAUAUUAUUGAGCUAUUGUCAAUUUAUGAUCCAGUUUUGAAAGAGCUUUUAUCAAAAGAUAAAAAAUGUGUAAAAUAUUUGUCGCCAACCAUUCAGAACGAAAUUAUCAACCUCUUAGCCAAUGAGGUAAAAACUGAAUUGAUCAGUCAAAUAAAUGAAUCUCCAUUUUUUUCAGUAAUAAUGGACACAACUCAAGAUAUUUCAAAAAUUGAUCAAGUGAGUUUUGUAGUGAGAUAUGCCGACUUCAUCAAGGAUAACGACAAUGUUAUUCGUGAUGUUGUUAUAAGGGAAGUUUUUCUAGGGUUUGAAAAAUGUAUGGGGCAAUCUGCUGAAGACAUGGUGAAACAAUUAUUAUUAUUCUUUGAAAAGAAUAAUUUGAGCUUUGAAAGACUACGAACUCAAGGCUACGAUGGUGCGGCUAACAUGACUGGCGUCUACAAUGGCCUGCAGGCCAAAAUUUUGGAAAAACAACCCAACGCGUUAUAUGUAUACUGUGCUGCACAUAAUCUAAACCUAGUUAUCAAUGACUCUCAUAAAACGAUGGGCAGUAUUGACGGAAAUGUUCGAAUCCAAGAAGCACACAUUAAAACGAUUUGCCCAACGCGAUGGUUGUCUCGUUAUGAUUCUCUUCAUAGCUUAAGGUUUCACUAUCGAGAAAUUUUACAAGUUUUGACAAAACUAACCCUAACAAGCUCGAAAACAACGGAACAAAAUGAAGCACUGGGAUUAAAGAAAAAACUGGAAAAUUUUGAAACAGUUGUAUUGAUAGUGAUUGAACAUAAAAUAUUAAGUAUCACAAAGCUUGUGUCCAAUGCACUGCAGAGUAAAAACCAAGAUAUUCAAAGAGCGUCAAAACUUUUGGAAACUGCUAAGAAAGACAUUGCAGAAAUGAGGAACAGUUUUGAGGAAGUUAUUAAUGAAGCAGCUGAUUUAGCUCGUGGUUGGGAAAUCAAUCCAAGUUUUAAAGAACACAGGAUCCGCAAAGUGAAAAAACAAUUCGAUGAGUUAUCAUGUGAUGAACGAUUAUUCAACGCCAAAAAACUUCCGUGUGUCGGUGUUUAA